AUGACGGAGGUUGAGCACGGAGCGAAAGGUGGACAGGAGGACAAUGGCCCAUCUUUAGCCAAGCGGCUCGAGGAGGGCCGCAGCACUGGUUCAGGAAAUAGGUCGAGGGCCGGCAGCCCGUCUUCAUCCUCACAAGACGUACCCUCGACAUCAUCCCCACCGACGCCGCCGUCCCAAUCAUCAGAGAAACAACCCCGCCAAGACCCGAAUCUAGUCGACUGGCAUGGAUCUGACGAUCCGGAGAAUCCCAAGAACUGGUCUCCAGCGAAAAAGUGGCUCACCAUGGUAAUUAUCUCUACCUGCUCCUUCUGCGUCACUCUCAACUCGAGUAUCGUCACCUCUACUUUCGACUACAUCUCUACCGACUUCGGCAUAUCGAGGGAAGUGGCCAUCUUGGGAUUGAGCCUGUUCGUCGCCGGUUUGGGUCUGGGACCGUUGCUAUUGGGACCGGCGAGUGAGGUGUUCGGCAGGAAGCCCAUCUACAUUGUGGCCCUGACGAGCUUUUGGCUCUUUCAAUUUCCGGUGGCGUUUGCGAACAACGCGCCCGUCUUCAUGAUCUUCCGCUUCCUCUGCGGCCUGACGGGAUCCGCCUUUCUCUCCGUCAGUGGUGGAACAGUAGCGGACCUCUAUUCUCCCAACGACCUCUUCACACCCAUGUGCUUCUACUCCGCCUCGCCCUUCCUGGGGCCCUCUUUCGGGCCCCUGAUCGGCAACUUCAUCAGCACCUACACGCGCUGGAACUGGUGCUUCUGGACCACCAUUAUAUGGACCUUCUGUCAGCUGUUGGCAGUCGCCUUCCUCUCACCGGAGACGUACGCGCCCAAGCUGCUCACGCUACGAGCGCGCAAGUUGAGGAAAGAAACGGGCAAUGAGAAGCUGUACAGCCAACAGGAGCAGGCUGUCAAGGACAUGGACUUCAAGCGGCAAAUGGUCAUGUUUAUCACGAGGGUACCCAUGCUACUCGCCUUGGAGCCUAUGCUUCUGCUCCUCUGCAUCUGGUCGGCGUUACUCCUAGGGAUCCUGUACCUCCUCUUCGAGGCCUUCCCCAUCGUCUUUGAGCAGCAGCAUGGCUUCACGGCACCGCAGACUGGUCUAGCAUUCCUGGGGCAGAGCGUUGGCAUUGUCUUUGCUUAUAUGACCAUUCCAUAUUGGUCCAAGGUGUAUCGUCGCGCCGCGGCGAGGAAUGGCGGGCAGGCCCCUCCUGAGGCAAGGUUGCCGAUGUGCAUGGUGGGAUCCUUCCUGACUCCAGUUGGUUUGUUCAUCUUUGCCUUCACAAGCUACUCGCAUGUUCACUGGAUCGCGCCCAUCAUCGCGCUUGUCCCGUUUGGCGCUGGCGUGCUGUUCAUCUAUACCGGCGUCUUCACGUACACCACAACUGCUUGGUUGCCCGUAGCGGCGAGCGCAAUGAGUGCCAACUCGCUCCUUCGCAGUGCCUGGGCAGGCGCAUUCCCCUUGUUCGCCACGCAGAUGUACAACGGCCUAGGCACCGUAGGGGCAUCCGCGCUGUUGGCUGGAGUCAAUGUCUUGAUGAUCCCGAUACCUUUUGUCCUGUAUCGCUAUGGGCCGGCCAUCAGGGCCAGGUCCAAGUACACGCUGUAG